CAAAUAAAAAUCUAGGGGGGUGGGGAGGAGCAGGAAGUGGCGGUGCGAGGGCUGCUGCACAGCUAGCAGAGCCGCGGUCCGGACGGCAGCGCGUGCCCCAAGCUCUCUGCCUUCCCCCGCCCGCCAGUCCGAGGCAGCCCGAGCCCAACCCGCGGCCCCAGCAGCAGCCCCGAGAGCAGCCCCAGUAGCAGCGCCAUGGCCGGGUGGAACGCCUACAUCGACAACCUCAUGGCGGACGGGACCUGUCAGGACGCGGCCAUCGUGGGCUAUAAGGACUCGCCCUCCGUCUGGGCCGCCGUCCCCGGGAAAACCUUCGUCAACAUCACGCCAGCUGAGGUUGGUGUCCUGGUUGGCAAAGACCGGUCAAGUUUUUUCGUGAAUGGGCUAACGCUUGGGGGCCAGAAAUGCUCUGUGAUCCGGGACUCACUGCUGCAGGACGGGGAAUUUACCAUGGAUCUUCGUACCAAGAGCACUGGCGGAGCCCCCACCUUCAAUAUCACUGUCACCAUGACUGCCAAGACGCUAGUCCUGCUGAUGGGCAAAGAAGGUGUCCACGGUGGUAUGAUCAACAAGAAAUGUUAUGAAAUGGCUUCCCACCUGCGGCGUUCCCAGUACUGACCUCGUCUGUCCCUCCCCUUCACUCCCCACUGCUUUUGCACCCCUCUCCUUCCCACACACACACAUCCACCAUUUUUAUUUUUUGGGCCAUUACCCCACACCCCUUAUUGCUGCCAAAACCACGUGGAUUGGGGGCCAGGGCUGGAUGGACAGACACCUCCCCCAACCCAUACCCUUUCCUGUGUGUGGUUGGAAAACUUUUUUUGUUUUUUGGGUUUUUUUUUUUUUUUUUCUGAAUAAAAAAAGAUUCUAACAA